UAAAAAUAGAGUGACUCAUUCACCUGCUGAACCACCGAAGAACACGUAGUCCUAAGAUUUUUAUGGCAGCCAAUCUUUUUGCAGUUUUAACCAUGGAUGGUUGAAGCACCAUGUUAACACCAGCAUUUGAGAUUACCCAGGAUGCAGUUAGCAUUACAGUAGUGGUCAAGGCGAGAUUUGCCAAAGUGUCUGAUGCCGAGAUUUAUGUAGAUGGUAGUGUUUUCAAGUUCUACUCAAAGCCGUACUUCUUAAGAUUAAAUCUUCCCGGAGCAUUGGUUGAGGAUGGUAAUGAAUCUGCCAAGUACAAUGCGGAUGAAGGAUCAUUCACCAUCACCAUUCCAAAGGAAACAAAAGGGGAAUAUUUUGAAGGUUUGGACAUGUUGACAAAGCUUCUUGCACCCAGUGGACAAACACAUACUGAAGGGGCUUGUAUUGAGGUUACAGGUUCUUCAGAGUGUUCUGUACAAGCCGGCUCUGGUCACAUGUUUGAAGAUGAUACCUUAGAUGAUGGUGAUGAGGAGGAGAUUGAUUGGCAGGUGGUGCAAGCCCCUUAUUUGGAUGAUGAAACAGUAACUCUCGGCAAUGCUUGCUAUGGCUUUGCUAACAAAAAGAGUGGUGUGUUUCGAAGAUUGCAAGAAGAACUGUGUGGUAUUGUUGAUGUGAAGGACCCUGAUAACACAACACCUGCAGUCAGGAAGAAGGGAAGAAUAGAGGAUGAAGAUGAAAAAUUUGAUGAAGAUCAUUAUCUGGCUGAUUUGUAUGAAGAUGAGAUUGUUCAGAGUUUACUAGCCUACAAGCCACCGUGGGCAAGCGAGUACACAAAGCUGAGGAAGAAACAAGUUAAUGAAGUGAAAGAAGAUGAACAGACACCAUUUGAUGAAGAAAAUAUUGUCACUUUUUCUGAGGAGGAGAAGGAGCAGAUGAGACAACUGCCUCGAAAAGAGAUUCUUCAUGAAAAAGAAAGUGACACCAUAGCUUUACUCUCAUUGGUUGAUAUAAUAUUUGCAUAUGCUUAUAACCAUAGGACAACGGAGGGUGAAAAUACAGUGGAAUCGGCAUGGACAGUCUGCAAGCUAAGUUCGUCACUAAGUUGGCUGGAUUCAUUCAGCUCGCUUCAAGAAGUGUUGGAAGCUAACUAUCGUAGAAGUAUCACUUACCCCCUCUACCGACACUGGAAGCUUAGCAAUAAAGUUUUAAUAGAUGUAAAGAAGAUAUUUUGCUUAGGUCGAAGACGUCUAUUGAAAUGUUUACUUGAGAUCCACCGUCUGUUGUCACAUGACGACCCAAGAUACAUUCUUAAUGAGCUGUACAUCACCGAGUACUGCCUGUGGAUCCAAUCUGUUAGUCAACGGAGGUUGAAUUCAAUAGCUAAAGCUCUUAAAAAGGUUAAAGUAAACAAAGAGGAUGUUGGCUUGGACCUGGUGGAAUUGGAACAAGCAGCUGAGAUGGUUAUGAAUGAAGAACAAGAGGGCAGCAGUUGUGACACAGAAAUACAACAAUAUGGCUACCCAGAAGCUCUUUACACCCACGCUACCCCCUCUUCUGUAGAUGAAUCAGUGAUUAGAACAGCCGAGAAUGAAAUGGAGAGGUCAAAGCAACUUGUUACUGAAAUAGCUGGGGAGAUGAUGGUGGAAAACAUAGCAAGUUAUCAAAUGGAUGAAUGUAAAAAUCCUCACUCAGAAGGAACCCCAAGUGGCAUAUUAGACAGUGAAUCAAACACAGAUGCACUAUUAACUGGAUUGCUGGAAGAUGGAUGCCAUAUUGCAGCUAAUAGUACAUCUGAAGUAAUUGAGGAGGGGGAAAGGACAGUUGAUAUAACAGCUCAAGUUGUUGAGCCGUUGUCUGCUUUAACCUUAGUAUCUGAUGAUACACACAUUGGACAAUUAGACUCCAAAGAGACAGGAGGCUCAAAUCUUGCUCUAAUGGAAUGGAUAGGAAAACCUCCUGUUAAAAAGAUAGAGAUGUUUGAUUCAAGCUAAGGAUGAGUGUCUCACCCCUAGUCAAUCAUGAUGAUUCCAACUUUUGUUUCCUAAUUCAAGAUUGGUGGUCAGGGGCAUAUCUGGUUCCCCCCCCCCCC